AGACGACGUGCAUUCGCUGCGUGAAGCUGAUAGUGUUAAGUUCGCUCUCGAUUUGAUCUCCCAAAGAAAAGGAAAAAGGAGGACACAACUUUUCAAUCGAAAACAAAAUACAUUUCCGUUCAUUAAUUUUCCCUUCGGUUCCUUUUUUUUAAAUUUGUAUUUCUUUUUUUAUUAUUUCUUUUAUCUCAAAACUUUUGUUUUGCCGUGACAACAACAACAACAACAAAAAAAGUUCUAUUCUGUCAGACCACACGGUCCAUUGGGAUGUAACUGUCGAAACGGUUUAGGAUCCGUUAACUCAAGAUCAAGUGGUUUUUCUUGUGAGUCACGCCAAGUGUUUGUUGCUCUUGAUUAUCGCCGCGGCAUUGCCAGACAAUUGGUGGACUUGAUCCAGACUUUCAUCGACGCUGUCUCCAUAAAAGGCUUUAUUCGCCGAAAGCAGCUCACGAUCAUCACGCACACGAGCGCUUACUAUGAAUCGUGAGAGCAGAGACUUGUUUUCAAUGAAAAAGUGAUUUUUUCCACGUUAAGAAAAAAUGGAAUUAGUAUUGUCUCCUGGAUUUAUAGGAGACAAUGAUGGAUCACCAUUUCACAAUGAAGACGUUCAUGAAUGGUCGCAUGUGGACCAACUCACAGGAAUGUUGGAAAAUGCCCGCAUUGAGAAUAGCAGAUGGCAAACCAAAAAUCAAGGAGCUGCUCAAUCAUAUGGCAAAGUGGUCGAUUCUCGUGAACGAAAUUCAGCGGACGGAAAUCUAGUCCAGCGAGCUCAACGAAAAGUAGAAGUUUUUCAGAGUCAAGGAGCGGGAGGAAAAUCUAUUCAAGUAGUUCGAGCCUCUCAAUGGUCUUCCUCCAGAGUCUCCGAUUUAAUUCACAGUAGCUCUCUAGCUAAAUCUCCCAUUGAGCAGCACAUGAAUCAACUCGAGAGUGGCAUAAAGUCAAGACUGAACGACUACAAGGACCUGGAUUCAUUAUCCUCCCUAUGUCGAAAAUUACAUUCAAAAGUAAUCAAUGAUAGUCAUUCCUUAUUUUUUGGGCAUAAUUCUGCCUUUCUGACUGAUGAGAAAUUAAGCAAAGCAUUCGAAGUUAUUGACAGAAAUAAAUCCUUGUUCAAUGAAAAGAAGAGCAAUUCAAAUGAAGAUCUAGCUAGUUUAACCGAUGAGAAAGAAUCCCUCUCGCCAUCGAAUUUCACACGAGAUUAUCGAGUCAGACGUUCCCUACAGUUAACAAACAAAAAAACUGGCAAAGACACUAAUAAUUCUAACGUAAAACUUGCCGACUUGAAUAAUUCCGAAAACGAUUUAUACAUUUCAAAACUCUCCGAAUUGAAGAAUCCACAAGCACGACUGCGGAAAAAACACGAUGAUGAUAAAGUAACCAAAAAUUCUUACUCAUCAUCUGAAUCAUCGCCGAGAAAUUCUCAUUUCAGUGCGACAUCCCGUUCACCGGAUACUUCAACAAAAACAAAUAUUUGCCCUGCACCGAAAGCACGAACAUAUUUUUUUAAAGAUCUAGAAAAGAAUCGUGAAUCCAUUGUCGAAUUACAAAAACCAACGUCGAUUCGACUUUGUGCUCAAGACACAACUCGACCAGUCAAUACAAAUAAAACGAUAGUGCACUUGGGUAAACCAGAAGACGAAUCAACCGGUCACAUUAAAGUCACAAUUGAUUUAAAGAAUCCACCUCCAAAAAGUGAAAUCACAAAAGACUCAAAUUCACAGGAGAAUAAUGUUUUAUUUAUAUCCGAUUGCUCAACGAAACCAACAAAGAAAGUCGGUUUCUGUAAGACUGAAGUGCAUUUUGUGGCCGAUUCAGGAAAAGUGAAUAUUGUCGAAACUGAUGGCAAACCACCACCUACGAAUCGAUUUCGAAGAAGACGUCGUAAUAGUAGCAGUAGUAACAAUAGUCUCGGAACUUCCACAAAUAAAAAUUUACCGGUUGUACAUUUUGGUGAUGCACCGCCAUCGUAUAUUUUUGGAGAGAAUAAAAAGCCCGGUGCCGAUGAAUUAACAAAUUCGAUAAAGCUGAGAGAGGAGGAAAAUUAUAAAGAUACGUGGCAAUCUUUUACAUCAUCGCCAUUGACAAAAGAGAAUCAUAACGAGACGAAAGAAGAAUUGGUCAAUGAGCCAAGUCCUUUAAAUAUUCACGAGAAAAAUUUAGACCCAAGAUAUAAGGUUCACACAACUACUAUUAAUUUUGGGUCCAAUCGAUUUUGCAACUUGAAAAAUAUCAUUCAAGACGAUACUUCAAAAUUAAGCAACGUCGAGGAAGUUUCUUUAGAAGCACCGAAAAUAAUAUCCGCCCUGGAUUUACGAACUCGAAAAGAAACUCAUAAUUCUCCACCCAUGGACAAUGAAUCACUUCCAUUAGAAGAUAAAUCCUCAGCAAAAGUCACAACAACAUCUCAAAGACCAAUAAUUGGAAAAAUAGAUUUUGAUAAUUCUCAAAAAUUGAUAAAAUCAAAAAAACCAAUCACACUCGCCUCUUUAUAUCCAACGGAAAAGUCGACCGAGGACGAAAAAUUGUUGCCUAAUAAUAAGUCUGAGAAACUUUCAUUUCGUUCGACAAAAUCAAACGAACCGGAAAGAAUAUCAUUUCGUUUGACAAAAUUAAAUAACGAAUCUGAAAAAAAUUCAUCCCGUUUGUUAAAAUCAAAUGAGAGUGAAAAAAUAUCAACCCCCGUGAAAAACAACGAAAAAGUCACAUUAUGUCCGAUAAAAUUGAGUGACACAGAAAAUUCCUCAUCACGUUCGAUGAAAUUAAACGAUGUUGGCAAAAUUUCAUCAAACUUGAUGAAAACCAAUGAAACUACAAAAGAUUCUUGCGCUGUGCCUAUUUCAGAAUCCAAAGAUGCUUGUGAUGUUAGUUCUGGAGUGAAGAAAGUAGAAAUCUGUGAUCCUAGUCCCAUUUAUGCCAACGUAUUUGAGCCCGAUAGAAAUGAUGAUGUGCCAAUUUAUGAGAAUUUUCAAACUAUUCAAAACAAUUUCGAGACGGAAGUUGCUUCCAAAAAAAUAAAGGAUAAUGAAAAUCAAGAAAAAGUGCAAUCUCUCAAAAUGAAUCAGCAGGAAGUAUGUAAAAAAAUACCAACACAAUCUAAACCCAAGUCUAUUAAUUUAAAAAGAAGCACGGACAUUAGAAGCAGUGGAUCAGAAUCGAAUAAAAAUUCUUUAAUCAGAAGCAAGAAAGAAUCUGUCGACAACAAAAAAGAAAAGAAGCAAAAUUCCACGAAUGUAAAAAGUAGAACUAAAAUUAUAGAAACAGAAUCAAACAACAGGCUCAAGGAUCAAAAAAUCAAGGACAAAAGUCAAGAGGAAAAUUCAAAAAGUCCCAAGAGUUCUUUAGUGAGAAAAGAUUUGAAAAGAACUACAUCUAAGUCACAUAAUUCAAAACAAUCGGAUUUGGGAGUCGAAAAAAAUUCAAAAGCCGAAACUUCAAAUUAUUUUUUCAUUUACAGAACAAAAAAGCCAGUGGAAGUUAUUUAUAAAACAGCAAUUUAUAAUAUGAAGAAUGAAAAGUUGACGAAACCGGUAAAAACAAAGGAAUCGAAGGGACCUCGUUAUAUAAAUGAUAUAAUUUGUGGCAGUAAAGUUAAGAAAUCGUCGACUGAUAAGCAUGGAAAAGCGAAUGCGACAUUACAGACAAAGAAGUGCUAAUAAAAAUCGGAGGAUUUUGAGAUUAUGGAAAAUAAGCUUCUGAAAUAUAUAAAAUUCCUCGCUAAUGUAAUAUGAAUACUAUACGAGAUUUGAUACGACUUUAAUGACUAAUUUAGAAAGAUAAUUGUUUUUUUCUACAAAGCGAUUUACUAAGAAACAUUAAAAGUGUCUUAAUAUUGCGUUUCUUGCCUUUUUAUAAUAAAUCCUAUUUUCUUUCGAGAAA